UAUAUUAUUAUAUAUAGUCCAUUAGUUCUAUCUCUCUCAGUCUAAAAAUAUAUUCGUCCAAGUUUGGAUAUUGUCUUCUACUAAAUUAAACCUAUAAACGAAAACAAAACACACAUAUGAAUUCUUAUCUGAUCACGUUUACUCUCCUCUCCCUUCUUCUUCUGGCGCUUAGCCCAAAUCAGUCCUUAGCCUCCUCCAGCCGCAACUACAAAGACGAUACAAACGCCUUUAGUGUACCGCGGUACAGCAGGUACGUUAAAGACGCGUGUAACGUAACCCGAUACCAACAGCUCUGCCUCCGAACGCUUUGGCCGUUUACAAUCGUCGCUAAAAACAACUCGAGCAAGUGGGCCCGAGCAGGCGUCGCGGUGACCAUCACCGACACCAAACGGAUCCUAAGACUCUUGCUCAAAGCGCGAAAUUCUUCGGCGGUCGGGAAACGCGAGAGGAUCGCGUUGUCGGACUGCCGAGAGCUGUUCGUUGACUCCCUCGACAAUCUGUACAAGUCUCUCUCCGUCCUCCGGAAUCUCGACGCCGACGAGUUUCAGCAGCAGAUGAGCGAUCUCGCCACGUGGCUAAGCGCUGCACUCACGGAUGAGGACACGUGUCUUGAUGGAUUUGAGGAAACGAUGAGUAAAUCAUUGACGGUGAGGAUGAUUAAGAGGAAAGCGACCAGGUCUAUGCACUUGUGCAGCAACGCUCUGGCUCUCACAAACAAGCUUGCUUAUGACGGCUUGUAAUCUACGCUUGUGAUUAUUAUCAUAAUAUACAGAUUAUUAUACUAUACAUUAAAAGGAAGAAAAGACUUUAAAAUUAUCAAUAAUAUGAUCGUGGUCCUGUUAAUAACUCGAAAGAAAUUCAUGAAAUUUAUGAUUUCAUCAUAACAGUGACUCUGUUUGUCUUCCUUCUCUCUCUUUUUUUUUUGUAUAUACGAUCUUACAAUUGUUAUUUACA